AGGCACGCGUACGCUGCGAUGAUGUACAUGGGGACGCCGAGGGAUUACGAGUUUUAUGUGGCGACUAGGGUUAUGCUGAGAUCGCUGGCCAAGCUUAAAGUUGAUGCUGAUCUCGUCGUCAUUGCGUCCGAUGAUGUCCCGAUCCGAUGGGCUCAAACCCUGAAAAAUGACGAUGGAGUGAAGGUGGUCACUGUGAAGAACUUGAGGAACCCAUAUGAGAAUCAAGGCAACUUCAACACUAGAUUCAAGUUGACAAUGAACAAGCUCUAUGCUUGGAGCUUAGUUGAGUAUGAGCGAGUCAUCAUGAUCGAUUCAGACAAUCUCUUCCUUCAAAGGACUGAUGAGCUAUUCCAAUGCGGUCAGUUUUGCGCUGUGUUCAUUAAUCCUUGCAUAUUCCACACUGGCCUAUUUGUUCUUCAGCCUUCAAUGGAGGUGUUUAAGGACAUGCUUCAUGAGCUUGAUAUUGGUCGUUCAAACCCAGAUGGAGCUGAUCAGGGAUUUCUCGCCAGCUAUUUCCCGGAGUUGCUUGACCGUCCAAUGUUCCAUCCACCUGCAAAUGGUAGCAAAGUCGAUGGCUCCUAUCGACUUCCUUUAGGAUAUCAGAUGGAUGCUUCCUACUUCUAUCUUAAGCUUCGCUGGAGCAUACCCUGCGGACCUAACAGUGUUAUAACAUUCCCUAGUGCUCCAUGGUUCAAGCCUUGGUAUUGGUGGGCUUGGCCUGUUCUACCCUUGGGCCUUCAAUGGCACGAGCAGCGGAGGAAAACUAUUGGGUACGGUUCCGAGCUCCCCGUCCUAGUAAUCCAAUCUGCAAUGUACCUCGCGAUCAUGAUAGUCACCCGCUUAGCUCGUCCUAGCCUAUCAAAACUCUGCUACAAUCGUCGCCCGGAAAAGAGCGUAGCAAUUUUACACGCUAUGCUCAAAAUGGGGGCCGUUUGGUCUAUAGUAGCAGCGUACACUGUCCCUUUCGUCCUCAUACCUCGGACCGUUCACCCUCUUCUUGGUUGGUCUUUAUACUUGCUCGGCUCUUCCUCCUUGGCCUUCAUUGUUAUCAAUGCUUUCUUGCUUCCGCCUCUCCCGGUUUUAACUCCUUGGAUUGGGAUCCUUGCCUCGCUGUUUGUGAUGGCGUGCCCGUGGUAUUCUGAUGGCGUGGUUAGGGCUUUAUCGGUAUGUGCUUACGCUUGCUUUUUUGCUCCAUUCCUUUGGGCGUCGCUGACAAAAAUUAUGGCGUCGUUGCGUCUUAUUAUCGAAAGGGAGACUUUCUUUCCUAGACUUGGAGAAGUUACACAGACUCCAGAGUUCAGCAAGUUGUAUUGAUCUUUCUUAUUUUUUGAAGAUUUUGGGGGAUUUUACGUGUAUCACUUGUGUAUGAAUACGAGUAUAUUUGGUGUAUUUUAAUACCUUUACAGAGCAGGAGGAGGAAAAGAGUCCAAAGGCUCAGGGGGAUGGAGGGCAGUGCAAUUUAGAGAUAUGUGGGUGAGUGUUUGAUCUAAUUGCAGGAAGUAGGAGAUUUGUUUUUGAUCGGUUUCUCUCCUACAUUGUACUGUAACUUUUUUCAUAUUUGGAAAAGGUCACUUUGGGCUGCAUUUACAA